GUAACCCGACGGAGGUAUAUUUCUCCGGCACACAACUCGCGACGGUGCUGUUGGGUUGUAUCCCGGGCUGUCUCGUCUUGGGCAUAGUCAUACUUCCCAUAUUCUACAACCUCAACCUUGUCUCCAUCAACGAGUACAUAGAGCUAAGAUAUCGGUCACGACUGCUGAGACUGCUGGCAACUUUGUGUCUCCUGCUUAAUAACUUCCUCUACAUGGGCAUGUGUUUGUACGCGCCUACAGUAGCUCUGACAACAGUCACGGGCCUCACUACCUGGCAGUCCACCCUAAUCAUGGGGUUCAUCUGCACCUUCUACAUCACAAUC